AUGGCACGGGGACCCUCCUACACGCGGACGUCCAGCCGCGUGGUCUCAGAGCACGGGAAGCAGGAUGCCCUGCGGCGGGUGCAGUGGCAGGGCUGCCCUGGCAUGGCACCAGCGGAGGCCGAGGGGACUGAAGGACUGGAGGAAACGGAAGAGUCCGAGGAGGAGGAGGCUGAGGAGCUCGGCCGCCUGCUGGAGCUGCUGUACCGCCUGUACGAGACCCAGGAGGACGCGUCUGUGCGCCAGGCCCUGCGCGGCCUCCCCGAGCUGGUGCUACAGCAAGUGCGCUUCAGCCCCCUGGACCUUGCCGUUCUCAGCUACUGUGCGCGGUGCUGCCCAGCAGGACAGGCCGCCUCCCGAGCCAGGCGUGUGCGUGCCUGUGCACCAGACUGUCCAUCUGGGCCGGUCUUACAGCUGGCCCACUGCAAACUCCCAGACGCCGUCUGGCGAGACCUCUCUGAGGCCCUGAGGGCAGCCCCUGCCCUGGAGGAGCUGGGCCUCUUCCACAACAGGCUCAGCGAGGCAGGCCUGCGUGUGCUGUGCGAGGGCCUGGCCUGGUCCCAGUGCCGGGUGCAAACUCUCAGGGUGCAGCUGCCUGGCCUGCAGGGAACACUGCACUACUUGGUGGGCAUGCUCCGGCAGAGCCCUGCCCUGACCACUCUGGACCUCAGUGGCUGUCAGCUGCCUGGCCCCCUGGUGACCUACCUGUGUGCAGUCCUACAGCACCCAGCAUGCAGCCUGCAGACCCUCAGCCUGGCCUCCGUGGAGCUGAGCGAGCAGUCACUACAGGAGCUGCGAGCCAUGCGCACAGCAAGGCCAGACCUGUCCAUCACACAUGCAGCGCUGGACAGCUCUGCUGAGCCUCCCAAGGGGGCUGACAGCAUCCUCUGA